AUGGCGGCAAAGGAAACAGUUCCUCGUGGAUGCAGCUCAAGGUGCAGUAACAACGACAUGGAGUACUGCUCAAUUACAAUCGUUACCCUCUUACACAUUUUCACCUUCUCAUCGGCGGAUAAAGCGUAUCUAUAUAAGAGGCCGACAGAAGAGAAAAGGUGGAGCGACUGGAUAACCUCAAGUCCGGCAAGAGGAACUCGUGGGUGGUACCCGUUACAUGAUUUUUAUGGGAACCCAGAGUACCGCACCUGUGAUGUCGGCCACCAACAACCAAAUACCUGGCUUAGAAGUAAUCUUAUCUCAGUCCCAAACAAAGUAAAAAAAGUUAAUAUUACCAUUGAAUACAGAACAGUGAACUGUACAACAUUUCGUACAACUAAUUUCUGUAGGGAAUAUUUCGACUUUUACGUGCAUCAGUCUACUACUUUAUCGGCACCUGACCCUUUACAAAGCAAAGCCACUUACGAGAAGAUUGCUGAAAUAACUUUGCCGACCCUUGGUAUUAAUGCAAGGAGACAUUUUGGUUUUCAAGUGAAAGGAAAGUUCAUCGUUCUAGCGUUUCAUAACCGAGGCUCAUGUAGCAACAUUCACUCUGUCACUGUCAGUUAUCUUGUUUGCCCAGAGAUUACUGUUGUUAGUGGCUUGGUGUCCUUACCACGCUCUGUGGCUCCCAUUACUAACUCAGUGCCAGUUCAAGGAAGUUGUGUUACAAAUGCCAUCUACAAUAAAGGUAUUCUUAGUCUGGAAUGUAAAAGCGAUGGCGUUUGGAACAUCAGUUCACUGAAGGGAAGAUGUACUUGCAGGGAGGACACGGAGAAUAGUGGCGGAGAAUGCAAAGAUUGUCCAAGCGAUAAAUUCAACGACCAAACUGGUUUUAAUUGUACAGUUAUUCCAUCCGCCCCGAAAAUUGUCCAAGUCAUCUUCAUUAACCAUAGCGCGUUGGAGUUAAAAUGGCAGCCUCCUGCAACUACUGGUGAUCAGACCCAAGUGUUUUAUGACGUUGAAUGCCGUAAGCGAUGUGAAGGUGAAAACGACAACAAAUGCGAGGAUAUAUCUUGCGGGAGUGACGUCAUUUUCAUACCAAAAAGGGAUGGCUUGAACAUGACUUGCGUUACUGCUGGAAAUCUUUCUCCAUUUGUAAAAUACACCGUGAAAAUCCACGCCAGAAACCGAGUAAGCGAUUUGGCAAAGAGAAAAUAUGGAAUCGAGGCAAACUUCGGGGAAAUAACUGUAGGGACUAACGGACCAGAAUCCAAGGUAACAUUGCAUCUCAGAAUUAUCUAUGGACUGGCUGGUUUAUUUGUAGUUUGCACUGUGUUUUUUGCCUGCUACAUCAUAUACAACAGAUGGAACCGCCAAAGAAACGAACACCGUGCAUUCACCAGCGUAAUGGAGAAUGAGGCACAUUGGCGAGAUCAACACAAACUGCCUUUGCAUGGACCAUCGAACCGCCGAAGGAACGCACACCACAAGAAAAUGACAAAACUAAGAGACUCCCGCGUUGUGGUGAACGAGGACGUCGCAAUGAGUUCUGUUGCUGAGCGGCAAAAAGUGGAUGACUUCAGACUUGAUCGUGAUCAAAUAACAACAGUAAAGGUGCUUGGGAGUGGCAACUUCAGUCAAGUGUCCAAAGCAGUUUACAAACCUUUAAAUUCUGAAGUGGCUGUUAAGUCAUUGAAAGGCAACGCUUCAAAGAGGGACUUGGAAGACAUGCUAACGGAAUUAGACCUCAUGAAAAUUUUGAAGCCUCAUCCCCAUGUUGUUGAGCUCAUUGGCUGUUGUAUCGAAAAAGAUCCACUUCUCAUAGUGUUGGAGUAUUUACCAUACGGGGAUUUAUUGGGAUAUCUGCGCAAGAGCAGAGGGAUCGAGGAUGCUUAUAACACAGGAGAAAGGAGACCGAGCUCAGCACUUACAGAAAAGGACCUCUUAUCCUUUGCGUGGAUGAUCGCUGAUGGUAUGAACUAUUUGUCAGCAAUGGAGAUUGUUCAUCGUGAUUUAGCAGCUCGCAAUGUGUUGGUUGGGGACAGCAAAGUGUGUAAGAUUACAGACUUUGGUUUAGCCCGUGGUUUAAAGGGAGAUAUCCACAUUAGAAAAAAACAGGCUCGUCUUCCAGCUAAGUGGAUGCCUCCGGAAUCUCUCUUCCAUGGCAAAUCUUCCACCAAGAGUGACAUAUGGUCUUACGGUAUUGUGAUGUGGGAGGUGUUUACCAUUGGUGAAUCCCCAUAUCCCGGGGUAAAACCUAAAGAGAUAGCUGGCUUACUGCGGACAGGAUAUCGCAUGCCUAAGCCAUCUUACAUCUCACAAGAAUUGUAUUCCAUAAUGUCUAACUGUUGGGAAGAGCAACCAGAAAAGAGACCUUCAUUUCAGUGGCUCUGCUCUGCAGUUAAGCGACUUCUGGAUGAUCACAAGACAUAUGUCAACCUGGAAGUCUACGAUGGCAAGGACUACAUCAACUUUGAUAUGAUGAUGGACGAAGAGUGAUAAAGGAUGUCCAAUGUUACCACCAAGACUAAAGGUCAAGUGUAAUUGACAUAGAUUAAAGCGAUAUUUAAGUUUCAUCUUCUCUGUUCCAAAUAAGAUAAGUUAAAAUAGUGUUUA